ACUCAACAACCCACCGCAGUUUAAUUACGUAUUGGCCGCCCCAUGUUUGGCCUUUCAAGGUCGGUUGAACAAAACGGCGGGUGUUCUUGAGUAAAAUAGAAUUCUGCCGUGCCACGUAACCUAAGUGUUGUCGAAGAUGCCGCGCUACCCGCCUGAUCGUUGGUUUGAUUAUACCUCAUUGGGCGUCCCAGUAAAAGGGACGCGUUUGCUUCCGAUAAAACUACCUAUACCAUCAGAAAAGUCCAGCAAUAUUCCUUUUCAUUUAAGAUUUACACUAGGUGACCUUAUUAACUGUGUUGAAUCAUAUAACCAAAAAUUGACGUGUGUCAUAGAUUUGACAUAUGCAAACUAUUAUUCGCCAAAGUUCCUUCGUGAUAAUAAUAUAAGUUACCAUAAGAUAUAUGUAGAAGGACAUACAAUCCCAAAUUCGAAAACUGUUGAACAGCAAGUUCUUAUUAAGUUCAGAAUCGACUGUUUUAGGUUCAUCAAUAUGGUUAACAAGGAACGUGAACAAUCUCCAGAUGGUAUAAUUGCUGUACACUGCACACAUGGUGUAAACCGAACGGGUUAUUUAAUAUGCAGGUAAUGUUCGCUACCAUACUACCUAUUAGUCUCAAGAUAUCUUAUCGAUUUUAUGAAUAUAAAUCCUAAAGAUGCUCUUAGAGAAUUCGAAUGGGCACGUGGUCAUCCUGUCGAAAGAGAAAAUUAUGUUGAAGAUUUAUUGAAUUCUGUCAGUAAAUUAGAGGUCACAAACGUUGAAAACAAUAGAAAAUCGCAUUAAACUCGGAAGGUCCCUAUACGUGUUCUGAUAUGCAAUUUAUGGCUUCUGUCAACUAAUUGAAAGGCUCGGAACUUUCUAAUAAUCAAGGUUAUGCAAGUGAAAAACAGCGAAUUUCUGAAUAUGGAAGAUUGCGCGAGGAGACCAUGUACAGGUUCAUGAAAACUUUUAUAUUGACUACUGUCACGUUUAUUCAUCUAAUGGAUUUAAAUAUAAAUAUAACAACUGUA